UUCGGGAAUGGGGACGGGGAAGAGUCGCUUGCCAGCCUGCCUGCCUGCCUGCCUGCCUCCGGCGAGCGCGCCGCCGUCCAUCCCCUGCUGCCAGGCGCCCCUGAAGCUUCCCCUCCGCCGCCGCUGCGCCUCGCCUUGGCUUCCCCAGCCGAGCGACGGUUAACUCGGCCCGCAUCUCUGCGUAAUGACGCGCGGGAGGCAGGCAGGCAAGGUUUGGGUGGGGAGAGGAGGGCGAGCGCGAAGGAGGUGGGCAAAGCACGAGAGCAGGAGGCGGAGAGGAGCCGAGCAAGCUUUUAAAGCGACAGCCGAGCCUCCCCUUCGCCCAGUGCUGAGCUGCAGCGGGAAAGGCAGCGCGGGCAGGCGGAGCGCCGACGGCAGCAGGCGCCGGGACUGGACUCGACUCUCUUCCCCGCCUGGCUGCUCUCCGCCCCCGGGGAAUCCUCGCCGAGCGCAGGGGGAGGGGGCGCGGAGGGACCCUGUCGGAUCGGGCGCUUCUCUCCUCCACCCAGCCCAGCCCAGUCCGCUCCUUGGCGCCCUCCUGCGCCGGCUCAGCCCCUUCUCCACUCUCGCCGCGCACCAUGCUCGGGCCGGGGCUCCGCGGGGUGCAGCCGCUGACUUUGCCGAAGUUGCCCUGCUGGUGCCUGCUGCUGGGGUGGCUGUGCUGGGCAGGGACGCGCGGCCAGGAGAUGUACGCGCCGCACUCCAUCCGCCUGGAGGGGGACAUCACCUUGGGCGGUCUCUUCCCGGUCCACGCCCGGGGGCCCAACGGCGCGCCUUGCGGGGACAUCCAGCAGCAGGACGGCGUCCAUCGCCUGGAGGCCAUGCUCUACGCCCUGGACCAGAUCAACAGCGACCCCGAGCUGCUGCCCAACGUCACCCUGGGCGCCCGCAUCUUGGACACCUGCUCCCGGGACACCUACGCGCUGGAGCAGUCGCUCACCUUCGUCCAGGCACUCAUCCAGAAGGACACCUCCGACGUGCGCUGCACCAACGGCGAGCCGCCCGUCUUCGUCAAACCCGAGAAGGUGCUGGGGGUCAUCGGCGCCUCGGCCAGCUCCGUCUCCAUUAUGGUGGCCAACAUCCUCAGGCUUUUCCAGAUACCCCAAAUCAGUUAUGCUUCAACUGCACCAGAGUUAAGUGAUGACCGGCGCUACGAUUUCUUCUCACGGGUUGUUCCUCCAGAUUCCUUCCAAGCACAGGCAAUGGUGGACAUUGUGAGAGCUUUGGGAUGGAACUAUGUUUCCACCUUGGCUUCUGAAGGCAGCUAUGGUGAAAAAGGCAUGGAAUCUUUUAUACAAAUUUCCAGAGAGUCAGGUGAUUUCUGCAUUGCCCAGUCAUUGAAAAUCCCACAGGAUCGCAAAAACAAGACCUACGAAUUUGAUAAAAUUAUCAAGCUGCUUCUAGAUACACCCAGAGCCAGGGCUAUCAUUGUCUUUGCCUACGAUGAGGAUAUAAAACAAAUCCUCGCAGCAGCAAAAAGGGCUGAUCAAGUUGGCCAUUUUCUGUGGGUGGCUUCAGACACUUGGGGCUCCAAAAUGACUCCAGUAAUUCAACAAGAAGAUGCUGCCGAGGGAGCAAUCACCAUCCUGCCUAAGCGGGCAACCAUUGAAGGAUUUGAUACCUAUUUUACGUCCCGCACAUUGGAAAACAACAGAAGAAAUGUAUGGUUUGCAGAAUAUUGGGAAGAAAACUUCAACUGCAAGUUAACAAUUAGUGGGUCAAAAAAGGAAGACACUGAUCGUAAAUGCACUGGACAGGAAAGGAUCGGAAAAGACUCUCACUAUGAACAGGAGGGUAGAGUACAGUUUGUGAUCGAUGCUGUUUAUGCCAUGGCUCAUGCCCUCCAUCAGAUGAACAAGGAUUUGUGCAAUGAUUAUUCUGGAAUCUGCCCAGAGAUGGAACACGCAGGGGGCAAGAAGCUACUAAGAUAUAUACGCAGUGUUAACUUCAAUGGUAGUGCUGGCACUCCAGUGAUGUUUAAUAGAAAUGGUGAUGCACCAGGACGUUAUGACAUCUUUCAAUAUCAAACCACAAAUACAUCCACGCCAGGCUACCAUCUGAUAGGCCAAUGGACAGAUGACCUACAGCUCAAUAUGGAUGAAAUGCAAUGGGGCAAAGGAGUGAAGAAAACCCCUUCUUCAGUCUGCAGUCUUCCCUGUAAACCAGGAGAACGAAAAAGGAUUAUGAAAGGGAUGAGUUGCUGUUGGCAGUGUGAGCUGUGUGAUGGUUACCAAUACCAGUUUGAUGAAGUGAGCUGCAAGCUGUGCUCCUACAGUCAACGGCCGAAUGAGAAUCGCACAGGAUGUAGCCCUAUCCCUAUUGUAAAGUUGGAGUGGCAUUCACCCUGGGCGGUCAUCCCAGUCUUUCUAGCCAUGCUUGGAAUUAUUGCCACCAUAUUCGUCAUGGCAACCUUCAUUCGGUACAACGAUACUCCCAUUGUGAGGGCCUCUGGAAGGGAACUUAGCUAUGUUUUGUUGACAGGAAUAUUUCUGUGUUAUAUCAUCACUUUCUUGAUGAUUGCCAAGCCAGAUGUUGCCGUGUGUUCUUUCCGGCGGAUCUUCCUAGGAUUGGGAAUGUGCAUAAGCUAUGCUGCUCUGUUGACUAAAACAAACCGUAUCUAUCGCAUAUUCGAACAGGGCAAAAAAUCAGUGACAGCACCCAGGCUUAUUAGUCCAACAUCACAAUUAGCAAUCACAUCAAGUUUUAUAUCAGUACAACUUCUUGGAGUUUUCAUUUGGUUUGCUGUUGAUCCACCAAACAGUAUUAUAGAUUAUGAUGAACAUAAAUCUAUGGAACCAGAUCAAGCCAGAGGCGUUCUCAAAUGUGACAUUACGGAUCUACAAAUAAUAUGCUCUUUGGGGUAUAGCAUUCUCCUAAUGGUUACAUGUACUGUUUAUGCCAUCAAGACUCGGGGUGUCCCAGAGAAUUUUAAUGAAGCCAAACCCAUUGGAUUCACUAUGUACACUACAUGUAUAGUAUGGCUUGCCUUCAUUCCAAUAUUUUUUUGCACUUCCCAAGCAGCUGAAAAGGUCUAUGUACAAACCACAACCCUGACAAUAUCUAUGAACUUAAGUGCUUCAGUGGCCCUGGGGAUGCUUUACAUGCCAAAAGUUUACAUCAUCAUCUUCCAUCCUGAACUAAACGUCCAAAAGCGGAAACGUAGCUUCAAAGCAGUAGUGACAGCAGCCACCAUGUCAUCAAGACUAUCACACAAAACUAGUGACAGGCCCAACGGGGAAGCAAAAACAGAACUUUGUGAAAAUGUAGAUCCAAACAACUGCAUACCACCUGUAAGAAAAAGUGUUCAAAAAUCUGUUACUUGGUACACUAUUCCACCUACAGUAUAGCUCUUGCCUGCUUUUUUAGAAGGCCAAGUUCUUAUUCUCACUACAGAGUGGAUCAAGCUUAGUUUACUUAUGCCCUGCCGCAAAAAAGAAGUAUGU